CCCCCCUCAAAUACCACCCCACCCCUUACAGUCUCCAUAUCCAUAUACAACUACAAUACAUAUAGAACACUAAACAUAUACAUAUAGUGAUUUAUAUAUCACUAUAUGUAUAUAUUUGUACCAUAUUAUUCGGUGACAUACUGUAUUAUUUUUAUUCUUUAAGCUAUUGUUACUCUUCUCACUUUCCAAAAAAAAAAAAAAACUUUAGGAACUCUUCAUGUGAAUUUUCAGGUUCGCCGUGCCUGACAGGGUAUUUCCAGAACAACAACAUAAUACAAUGUGUUCCCACAAGUGGGGUAUGGGCAGAGUGGGCUAUAUGCGGACCUUGCACGCUUGAGAAUAUUUCAUUGCUCUUGCCUCCCAAUUUUUUAUUACUAUUUAUAUAUUAUGCCCAGCCUUAAUAGAACUUGUAAUGAGCAUCUUUUUUGUAUCAUAGCAUAGUCGCCUAUGAGGGCAUCUAUCAUGGCGGUGGCGUCAACGAAGAAAAAGAGUGUCUUUGUUGACUGGGUAACAGGUAGAAUAAAAGUGAAACAGCUACCGUUUAUGGGGAUUCUUUGUACAGUGUUGUAUAUUGUGUUUAGGACCACUAAUUAUCAGUAUGAACAGACAGAGAUGGAGUCGAAGUUGAACCCGUUUUAUUCUUCAAAGGAUUCUGAUGUAGAUAUCACACAUUUAAACAGCUUGCCUCAUGGUAUUAUCCAUGCAAGGUCGGAUCUAGAGUUAAAGCCUCUUUGGUCUACAAGUCAUUCCAAGUCCAAGGCUAACAUUUCUAGUUCUCAUAACCUUUUGGCAUUGGCAGUUGGUAUUAAACAAAAGAGCAAUGUUGAUGUUCUUGUCCAAAAGUUUCUUCCAGAGAAUUUUACAAUCAUCUUGUUCCACUAUGAUGGACAUGUUGAUGGCUGGUGGGACCUCCAAUGGAGUAAAGAAGCCAUUCAUAUUGUUGCAAAUAACCAAACUAAAUGGUGGUUUGCAAAGCGAUUCUUACAUCCUGCUGCUGUUUCUAUCUAUGAUUACAUUUUCCUUUGGGAUGAAGAUUUGGGCGUGAAGAAUUUCCAUCCUGGAAGGUACCUCAAAAUUGUGAAAUCAGAAGGACUGGAAAUUUCCCAGCCAGCCUUGGACCGGAACUCAACUGAUAUACAUCAUAGAAUCACAAUAAGAAGCAAGAGAAAGAGGUUCCACAGAAGAGUGUAUGAUAGAAGAGGUAGUACAAAAUGUUCAAAUGAAAGCGAAGGUCCUCCAUGCAGCGGAUUUGUGGAAGGAAUGGCUCCAGUCUUUUCAAGAUCUGCUUGGCUGUGUGCUUGGCAUCUUAUACAGAAUGAUCUUGUUCAUGGAUGGGGAAUGGACAUGAAACUUGGUUAUUGUGCACAGGGGGACAGAACCAAAAAAGUUGGAGUAGUUGAUAGUGAAUAUAUCUUCCACCAGGGCAUUCAAACUUUAGGAGGGCCAUCUCUGAAGAAGCGUUCAAAUGUUAAACAGUCUUUGAAGAGACACGACGUUGACGUGCGAUCUGAGAUUCGACGACAGUCCACGUAUGAGCUACAAAUAUUUAAGGAUCGGUGGGAACGAGCUGUGGAAGAAGACAAGAACUGGGUGGAUCCAGUUGAAGCGAUCAACCGAAAACGUGAACUACGACGCAAACAAAUACGAAAACUGAAAGUUAAGCUCGCAUGAAGUUUUAACAGUCAUCCGUGAUACAGUGGCUUUGGUCAAAGAUGAUCAUAUGAGGUUAAACUGACCCAGAGUUGUCAUCGGAAUUUUAGCCAUGUCUUUCACGCAGCUACAAAGGAACUUGUAAAUUGCUACUCUCUGGCCUUUUUGAAUUUCCAUAAUUAGUUCAUUUGUUUUGAUUGCUGUGGUAACUUCAAUUAUUUUUUGGAGUAUAGUUGAGAGAAGUCGCCUGAAAGAUUGCAGGCAAUGUUCAUUGGGAAAAUUACAUAGAUAUAUAUACUAUAUUUAGAACAAUUGCAGGCAAUAAUUUUUUUUCAAAAAAAUACUAUUAUUUCA